AAUAAUGAAGAUGUUAUUGAUGUUGAUGAACAAAGUCAAGCUGUUGUUAAUAAUAAUGUAACUUUAAGUCAAGAAACUGAGGAAUUUUUUUUUACUCAAUCUGUCAAAGCACAUGAUAGUCCUGCACCAGUUAAAAUUAAUAAUGAUAAAUCAAAAUUAACUGAUACAAUAAGUCGUAUUGCUGAAACUUUGGAGCAUAAAAAUGGAUCAUUAGAUUAUACUCAUGUUGUUAAUUUUUGUGAUGCUGAUGUCAUUAUUAUUGUUGAUACAUUAUCAAAAGAAUUGAGUCUAACUGGUGUUGAUAAUUUAUGUAAAUCUUUGUGUGAUAUAGAAGAGGCUCAAGCUAUAUAUUGGAUUAAAACUAUUUGCUCCAAUUUAUUACUUCAAAAGAUUAUUGAUUUAGAUAAAACAUCAAAAGACUCAAGAAUAUAUUCAACAAUUAUUGGUAAAAUAUUUACAAAAUAUCCAGAUGCUGUACAAAAUUUAAUAAUAGCUCCAAUAUUAAAUUUUGAUUUAAAAAAUACUAGUGUUAUUGAGGGUAUUACACAAUUUUAUUCACAACAACAAAGAUCAAAUCUCAUUUUACUUAUUUCAGAUAAUGUUAAAGAACUUAAAGUAUGGCAUAUUUCUACUUUAUUGCCAUUAUUGGCAGAUAUAAAAAUUGAAAAUAAAGAUAAAGAUUCAUUACUUGGACUAUUAGUUAACAAAGCAUCUGAAUUUUCAAACGACAAAAAUUACAGUAAAUAUGUAUUAAAAUUUAUAAAACUAAAUUGUCCUUAUACCGAAGAACAAAAAAGUUUAUUACAAGAAAUUGUUGCAUUUAAUAAAACAAUAUUUUCUUCAUCAAUCAAAAGAAUUAUUAGUAAUAUGUACUUUCAUCGUGAUUUAUGGCACAUUAAUAACUAAAUAAAUAAAAGUAAACAUUUAUUAUUUCAAACUGUUAUUUUCUUUUUUACUUAUUACAAUUAGUUAUUAUAAUUAUAAACUUACUAGUCAUAAGUUCAUAGAAUCACAUGAUUUUUUUUAAA